AUGGCCGACAGCGACGUGCCCGGAGAGCCACUCGUGCCUCCCAUACUGGAUGCAGCUGAGCUGAUCGGGAAUUCGAGCGCUGAUUUCCCUGUCAUUGAGGCGGAGCCCGAGGAAGAGCUCAAUCUGCCCCUCGAUACCGCCGAGCAGCAGCGCAUACUGCUGCAACAGGACCAGGACCAGCCCCAAGCAGGGCCUCCCCUCACGCUGCCAGCCCGCCCCGGCCUGCAACGAGGCAAUUCAGUUCCUACGCCCGCGCCGAACCUGCCCCCGCCCGCACCGCCUGUACCGCCGCCCGACACGCCACAGAACGAUUCGCUUUCGCUCGCACAACUGCAGAACCUCGUGAGGGGCAUACCCAAGGUCGAGCCCGCCCCGUACGCUUUCACAUACGAUGACGCAUCAUGUUUCGAGGAGGAGCUGGAGGAGUGGUUCUCGUAUGCCGUCGAGGAGCAGGCAAUGCUGCUCAAGACCCAGGCGUCCUAUGCAUUGGAGUGGAGCGCAUUUCAUGGCCUAAACGACGUGUCCAAUGGCGAGGACGGCUUGGACUGGGCCUCGGCGACGACGACACAACACGACGACUUCGUGCGACAUCUAUUGGGGGGACUCAAGGAAGUCGACCCUGUCUUGAGGUUGAAGAAACUGGAAGCAUUGGUCUAUGUCCUCCUUGGGUGCUGGCAUGAGACUGCAGGGCUGCCUGACCCAGCUGCGGGUGAGGCAACAGAGUCUAGCACGACUUCAGCGCGCAACUCUGCAUAUAUCAAGUCAGGUCGGCAGGCCUCGCUCAUUAAGCGCAAUGUGCACCUACUCGCCGAGAGUAAUGGCGUACAGACCAUCGUGGACGCACUCAGCUCGUCGCUCCUGCGAGCAUGCGGCGCGGAUGUCACACCUGAUGCUCAACGCGAUUCGAAAGAGGCAGAACGACGCGAAAUUUGGUGUACCAUGACUGCAGUCUAUGUCUUGUUGGAAGUCGCACGUGAUGAGGAAAAGACGCAGGAUAGCCGUACCCUCAGAAGCGCCAUCCUCGACUUAGAGAAGCCAGGUCUUCUUAUGCUAUUCGUGGAUCUUAUCGCGAAACUACGGUGGGACGAGUCGAUCAAUCUACCGCUUAGCAAGAUCUCACUGCUACUCUGGAAGGCCAUGUUGGUGACUUUCGGCGGUCUUGCAGAAGUUGCCAAGGUCAAAGAGACCUUCCGGGACACCAGCCUCGAGUCAGAGGAUUCCAAGGGUCAGCCACUCAUCACCGCGUCCCCUCUUGAUUAUCACCUCUUCAGACAAGAGAUAAGCUCCAAGUAUCCUGCGUACAAUCCACCGCUUCCCGUGUUCCCCCUUGAGCCAGAGAACAACUCCAUCUUGCCGCCACUAAAGAACCACCCCAACAAGGUCGCUGGCAACCAUGUAUUCGGCUCUGGGUUAGGCGACAAAAAUGGGAACAGCACAUCCAUCCUGCAUCAACCGGUUCAUAUCGCAACUCCGGCACCCUCACCUCCUCCUUCGCCUGCAGGCCCCGGUGGCAAAGGUGGAAAGAAGCAGAACUACCAGACAAACCAACUGUUCCCGUUCUUGUAUCCGCCACUCGACGAGUCUAGUAACAAGUUGGGUGGAAAGGGCUCGACCGACCUACAGGACCUUCUGGUGGGACGCAAGUGGGAGGGCUCAGAUAUUCCUGCUUCUAUCUUGGAAGCCGCGGAACUGUUCGCUAAACGCAUGAAGGCCACGCGUGCCAUGAAGCAGCUGUGGGAGGAACGUGUCGCAUUUAUGAAGUACGAGCGCGGUUGGACAGGCCCUGACGAGAACCCCGAUAUCGAGGAGCUGUCACUCGAACCGAGUGGGAAAGCUCAGUCAAAAGAACUCACACCCGGCAGCAAUGAGGAGCGCUUGCACUUGGUCGAGGAAUUCUACCGCAUCGCACUGCCUAAUCUACAGUCACUAAUAAUUGUUCUGAUUAAAGCCAUCCUUGCGCACGUCACGGCACUUGUGACACAGUCCAGUGGCGCGAACGGGCUCCAGAGCGGUUUCCAAUUUCAGGAUAACCAGAACGGCACGACAGCCGGACGGCCUGACAUGAGCGGCAUGAACGGACAUGGUAGCACCGUGGCGACGAAUGAGGAGCUUGACGCGAUGCGCACACAAGAAGUCCUGGAUAAAGCAGUCACCGGCACUCUUAUAUUGAUCCUCAAAUGGUUCAAAGUCUCCCACAUCCUCAAAUUCGAGUAUAUCACGCAGCUACUCGUUGACUCAAGCUACGUUCCGUUGAUCUUGAAGCUACUACAAUUACAAGAGGUCGAGAAGAUUGUAAACUUCAAGAGUGAGCAGGAAGAGUUAAACUUCUUCAGCUUUUGCCGGACACAUUCCAGGAACGCCUCUGAAGAGGACCGCGUUGGAGGAAACGAAGGAGAAGCGCAUGACGGCGAAUCUGACGAAGACGACGCCGUCCCACCCCCAAUCCGUCUGUCCAGAGAAGACUCGAACGAAUCAGGUGUUGAGCCAGCCCUACCACCUGCCCAGUUACAACCUCCAGAGGUAGACGAGCUCGGCUUUCCAACAAACGAGCUGCCUAAAGAGCCAAUCACCAAUUUCUCAUGGCGCGCGUUCUUCACGUCAAUCAACUACCUGCGGAUCAUGCAGAAGAUCUGCAAGAACAAAGCACAUCGCAACCUCAUGCUUGUUUCGUACAAGUCUUCGCAAUUCCUUCGCAAGAGCCUGAAGGUACCACAGCCGGAACUACGCCUGUACACACUCAAGCUAUUCAAGAAUCAAGUUCCGUACUGCGGUCGCAAGUGGCGACAAUCGAACAUGCGCGUCAUCACUGCAGUCUAUUUGCACUGUCGACCUGAGCUCCGAGACGACUGGUUGGCAGGAAGUGACGUGGAUGCCGAGGUCGACGAAAGUGUUCCGCUCGAGCAGGCUUUACGAUCACUUACACACUGGCACAACCUCAAGCGAUACCCUGAAAGCCUAGGUGCCAAACCUGGCGUUCUUGAGGAGGAACAAGACUUCUUCCGUAACGAGCUCGAGAAGAUGGACUGGGGUGAAGAGGCUGCGAAUGAGGGCGAGCUAGAGCAUGGCUGGCCGGAUCUUCCGGUUGAGGGUUGGUGA